AUGACCAGUCCUCAGCCUACAGUAGAAGGCGGUGUUUCAGAAGUUGAGAUAAUUUCACAGCAAGUUGAAGAAGAGACCAAAAGCAUUGCUCCUGUACAGCUUGUUAAUUUUGCUUAUCGAGAUCUACCUUUACCUGCACUUGAUCCAUCUGUGGCUGGGUCCCAGCUUUUGUCAAAUUUGGACGAGGAGUACCAAAGAGAAGGAUCUAACUGGCUAAAACCGUGCUGUGGGAGACGAGCAGCUGUGUGGCAGGUAUUUUUGCUCAGUGCAAGUCUCAACAGUUUCCUGGUAGCCUGUGUAGUAUUGGUGGUGAUUCUUCUGACUCUGGAACUCCUAAUAGAUAUAAAGCUUCUCCAGUUUUCAAGUGCUUCACAGUUUGCAGGAAUAAUUCACUGGAUCAGCCUAGUCAUCCUGUCUGUUUUCUUUUCAGAGACUGUUUUGAGGAUUGUGGUCCUUGGCAUAUGGGAUUACAUUGAAAACAAAAUAGAGGUGUUUGAUGGUGCUGUCAUAAUCCUGUCCUUGGCACCAAUGGUGGCCUCAACAGUGGCUAACGGCCCCAGCAGCCCAUGGGAUGCUAUCAGCCUUAUUAUCACAUUACGAAUAUGGAGAGUGAAGAGGAUCAUUGAUGCCUAUGUCCUUCCAGUGAAAGUGGAGAUGGAGAUGAUGAUUCAGCAAUAUGAGAAGGCAAAGGUUAUUCAAGAUGAGCAGCUGGAAAGACUAACCCAGAUCUGCCAAGAACAAGGGUUUGAAAUCAGGCAGCUGAGGGCCCACCUCGCUCAGCAGGAUUUGGAUCUGGCUGCGGAGAGAGAGGCUGCGUUGCAGGUCCCGCAUGUGCUGAACAAACAGAGCAGCAACAGGUACAAGGUGGUAGCAACUGAAGAUUCAGAUGAUGAAGCCACUGAGAACAUCACUGAGCUGCGACCUCCACAUGAGGAUGACAUGAACAAUUACAUCAGUCGAUACUACAGUGAGCCUAGCAGUGACAGCGGCAUCCCCGAGGCAGCCAUCUGCGUGGUCACCACCGCCGCCAUAGACGUCCAUUGCCCCAACAAUGCGACUCUGCCUGUGGCUGAGCAGAGGGCCCGUGCUCAGCGCUGA